CUGGAACUAUAUUCCGCACGUUCAUUUCAAGAUGAGACCAGACGAACACAAGAAGAAACAGCGCGCUCAAUACAAGAAAAAACACGGAAUUUCCCAAAAGAAGACAACCUCUAAGGAAAAUAAUGAAGGAAAAGAAUCCACAGAGUCGCAAGGAAACUACGAUCUAGCUGAAACUAGUGGGAGGCAGUUCUCAAGGAGAAAUAUCUCAAGCAACUGGGAAAGAUAUGAAGACCUUGAACAAGAUACAAGUGAUGAAGACGAUAACAAUGAUAACGUCCUGAGGAGAGGAGAGGACUUCAAUGUCCUCCUUCAAAGAUCAGCUGAUCCUGCUUCACAGUUUCGGUUUCAGUCAGAAAAAGAUUGGGAGCAAGAAAGCGAUGGUGACUCUGGUACAAUGCAAGCUACCUCAGUGCUAGAGAUAGAUUUUGGGGCUCUGGCAACUUCUUUAAAUUGUGUUCCUUUACUCAAACGCCUAGACAUCUCACAAGAUGGAAUACAUCCAGAUAUCAUUGACAUGUUCCAAUUAAAAGCUCAAACAUGCUCUAAAGAUCACUGCAUUUCACCAUCAAGUGAAGAUGGCGCAAUAACCAAGUCUCAAAGUUCAUCGGCCGGAAAUUUGCUGGAAAAUGCUCCUCCACAUGCAGAAUUACAAGCAUCACACAGUACGAAAAAUGCUGAACAGGAAAAAACAAAAAGAACUCUCCAAAAAACUGAAAGUAAAUCUUGUAAAAUACCAGGUGGCUCACUGAAUGGCCAUGGUGAUGAUGCAAUUCUGUCAAAGCAUUCUGGAUUCACAAGUGAGCCUGGCACUCUUCAAAACACAGAAAACUUACAGAAUUCUUUGAAAGAUGUUUUGAAAAAUGUUAAUACUGCAAAUAGUCCACAGACUGGUAGAACUGAAGAGGUGAUUAAAUCAGGCAACAAUGAAGAAGAUGAGGACCUUGAUUUCCUUCUUUCCCUGGACACUCCAGGAGUAAAUAGUAAUGGAGGAACAUCAUGCCCUGCAGCAGGCCAAUCAAAAAAGCUUGAUACAUCGUUUGGCAAAGGUGCAUUGCUGACAACAAACCCAUCUGCCGACCAGUUUACAAAGAAAGGGGAAGAUGAUCUUGAAGACUGGUUGGAUAGUGUUCUUGGCUGAACUGACUCUGCCUUCCUUGAUGCAUCAUUAGCCUGUACCUUAUAUUUACUAGUUUGCAUCAAAUGCAUCUUCUUUUCUGUUUUUGCCUUUCACAUGCACCCUGUGUGAUCCUUGCAAUGUGGAAAAUCAGACAUUUUUCUUAUUGCUAAUAUUUUUCCUCCCACCUACAAAGCUUGGAAAAUGUUACAAAACUCACAAAAUACAUACCAGUAAUAUGUGUUUUGUAUGUUAAACCAUUAAAUAAGGUGUACUUAUUCCAUAAAAGUGCUAACUAGUGAGGAAGUUAUUAAAUAAGCAUGCAGCCCCGUCUGAAAACAAACAAGACCUGCUUAACUGAGUUGCCAAGAGUUUUCAGGGAGGGGAGGGGUGGGGUUUGCACUCAGGAGGCCUCGUGCUCUUGCAAAGUAAUGUGGUUGUGAUAAAAACAUUGAACUCCAAGGAAUGGGGUUGGGAAAGAGGUCGGUCAGGGUACACCAACUUUGCUGUCUCAUAAUGAGAAAUUUAAUUAAUAAGUAAUAACCUUGAAUGAAGAUGGAACUUUUUAGUUUUUAUUUGGUGGAUUUAUUUUCUAAACUGCGAUUUGAAAAAGUUUUCUGUUAAUAGUCUCUGAAAACAAACUGCUUGCAGCUAGCUAGUUUACAUAUUUCAUAUUCUGGCUUGUAUUGAGAAAAGUUUGAGUCAACUCUACAGUUAUGAACACUCCUGUAAGCUGACAGUUCUACUUAUGCUUUUUUUAAUUCCCCUUUUUGUCCCCCACUCAAACUUUGAAUUUACACAUUCCUGUAAGUAGACACUCUCUCGUAAGAUGUGACCACUUUUGAAAUUGAAAAUUCAAUUUUUCUUUUAUUAAAUGCUUUAUCAUAAGGGGACACCCCAUGAAUGUGUCUUGAAUCUGCCAAUCAACAAAAAUGUGACUUUUGACAGAGCAACAGAAUAGUGCAGAUCAGUUUUGUCAAGUCUCCACUUGUCCAUAGGAAAGCUGGUUGUCUGUUCAUUUGACACAAACAGGAGUCUGACAUAACACUUUCCCUUAACCAGACACUUUUUCCAAUUCCUGAGGAUGUCUACUUAGGAGAGAGUUGACUGUAGUUAAAAAUAAACUGAUGAAAACUUUCUUAGUUUGUUAAUGAACUAUUGAUCAGUUGGUCUGUGUUGAAGGCAUAUUGGCCCAGCACCUUUUAAACUGUUCUCAUUAGGGAGCAUAAGAUCUAAGAAGGGGAUAAGCUUUGAUUCUAGCUGAUAGUUAAUUCUGUACAACAAGGCCUGUGCACAGUUAGUUCUAA